AUGCCGCCAUCCUCCUCCUCCUCGAAACCACCACCCCUCCCGCUCGCCCCCAACCGCGCCUCCAUCGCAAACGAAAUCUCCCUCCUCCUCUCCCGCCGCACCGCCCUCCUCAAAACCCUCAAUCCCACCACCACCACCACCUCAUCAUCAUCAUCAACAUCAUCAUCAAGAAAGCACGCCCCCACCGCAGACGCCAUCGAACAGCUCUUCUCCGGUCCCCGUCCCAAUCAAGGCGUAGGCUACGUCCCCGAAAAGAAAACCGACUCCGGCGCAGCGCAAGAGGAGCAGACGCUGCGGAGGAAACUCCUUGGGAAGAACUACAACAAGAACAACAAGAAUGGAAAGCCUGGUGGGGUGACAGCGGCGGCGCUGGCUAAGCGUGGUGUUGAGAGUGAGAGUGACGAGGAGGAGGGGAGGAGUGCGUUGGGGAAGAGCAAGAGGAAGAGGCCGAGGAGGGAUGUGGAGGAGGAGGAGGAAGAAAAGGAGGCUGCUGUGGGGGGUAAUGUUGAGGGUGAAGCUGAGGGUGACAAGGUGGAUGUGGAUGGAAUCGGAGGGGCACGUACAGAAGAGGAGGAAAUGGGGGGACAAGAGGAAAGACGGGACGAGGUCGAGGGGGAAGACUGCAAGCACGGCAAUGGCAUCGACGGAGCUGUUCCGGUCAAGGAGGUGGCAGCAGCAACAACAACAAUAAGUGAUAACACAGCUGACGAGGCGAAAAAGAACAAGAAGAGGAAGAAGAGGCAGCGGGAAAAGGAAAAGCAAAGGCAAAAACGAGAGCAAAAGUGA